GUUUGGUAAAAUUAUCUGAAAUAUAUAAAAUUGCAUAAAAUAUUUAAGAGAAUAUGUGUUUCUAUAAUUAUUUAAAGAGUAUAUUUAGAAAAAAUUUAAAAAAACUUUUAAAAAUCUAGUCUAAGUAGUGUAGUUUUCUUAAAAGCUAGUUGUGACGGAUAAUUGUUUGAUAUUUAUUCAAUGAUUGUACGUAUCUUUUGACCAUGUGUUUGGUUAAAUGCAUAAACAGUUAUAAAAAUUGAAUGUGGUGUAAGAGUCGUGACAUGUUUCAUUCAAACUCAAUUUAUUGUUGGACCUCUAAUUGUUUUGAUUAUGUUAUUUCAUACAAAUUCUGGUAAUUAUUUAAACGAAUUAUGCAAAAACAACAAAACUUUAAGAUUGUUUUGCACAGCUAUCGAUCAAACACGUAAUAUUAAAAAAAAAAAAUCACGAUUUCAAUUUUUCAUCAUCUAAUUAUCAGCAGUUAUUUGUCACAAAAUAAAAAAGACAAAAAUAAGUCUGAAUAUCCAGGUAGGAAGAUCCCCCAACAUGGGACUAUGGGAGUCCACGUGUAAGAAGCAUUACCUUGAAUCACACACCUUACCUUUCAAACUCUUUUUUUUUUCUUUCUUCUUUGUUCUUCAACUUCCGGUUACUUUCAUCAAUUUCAGAAAAAUUAACAGAAAUGGCGACAGCCAUAUCUGUUCUUUUACCUAAAUCAACAACUAUUGAUCUUCCCAAACAAUCCAAUUCUAAAUUCCUUAGUGGGUGUCCAUUAGAGGGUUUAUCUUUAAAUUUCAAACCAGGUUACGCCAAUAAACCUAGGGAUUUGGAUUUUCCCAGGUUGAUAGUCUCUGCUUCCGCCGGAACCACCGCUACAACCACCACCGGCGGUGGUAGUGGUAGAUUUUACGUCAAUUUCACUGGUUUCCCAUUCCCUCUUGGCCCUUUUCUCAAUAGACGCACUAUCAGGACCGAGGCUGUAAAAGACUGCAUAUGGCUGUUCGAGCAAGAACAGGCAUUGGGAUUCAGCAGCGUCUCAACAAACAUCAGAAUGACUGUAAUCAAACUCAAAUCAGGUGGAUUGUGGGUUCAUGCACCAAUUGCCCCAACUAAAGAAUGCAUUCAGUUAAUGAAGGAGUUAGGAGCUCCAGUAGAGUACAUUGUCCUGCCUACAUUUGCUUACGAGCAUAAAAUAUUUGUCGCCCCAUUUUCCAGAAAGUUCCCAGAAGCUCAAAUAUGGGUGGCACCAAGACAAUGGAGUUGGCCUCUGAAUUUACCACUUGAAUUUUUCGGGAUUUUUCGUGCCAAAACAUUACUACAUGAAGAUCUUUCAACCCCAUGGGGUUCAGAGAUCGAACAAAAGAUUCUUAGCUCUCCUGAAGUCGGAAUCGGACCAUACGUGGAGGUCGCAUUUUAUCAUAAGCCUUCAAAGACACUACUUGUAACUGAUGCUGUAAUAUAUGUACCAAAACAGCCUCCUGAAUGUAUAAGCAAUGAUUCGUUGUUGGCUUCUGCUAAAAACGGGUUGGCUGUGAAGCUUCUUAGUAAAGGGAAACAAGUCUCUCAAGAACCAGUCAUUGAUAACUCCAUGAACAGGCAAAAAGGGUGGGAGAGAAUGGUUCUUCAAAUCUUGUUUCUUGGCCCAUCAAAUCUGCUAGAACCAAACGCUAGUUUCUCACAAAUGUCACAGAAAUUAAUCGUUUCCCCAAUUGUUAAAACAUUAGUCUUCAGCAAAGUUCCUGAAAAGGUGAGGGAUUGGAUCGACAGCAUCUCGAGAGAUUGGAGAUUUAAGAGAAUCAUCCCUGCACACUUUGCGGCUCCUGUAAACGCAAACAGAUCCGAUUUUGUAGCAGCUUUUGCGUUUCUUGAUGAUCUGUUAGGAGAGCGUUAUGUUACACGACCUUCUCUUCAACUUCUGUUUACAUCGAUUAUGGGAAAGGCUGCAAGUUACUUUCCUCCAGAUGACAUGAAAACUUUAUCAUCGCUCGAUCAGUUUCUAGUUUCCGUUGGUGCAGUUAAGAAGACAGUUUCAGGUACGUCCUAUUUCGCUUUCAUCUUCUUCCUAAUUCUAAUUAAGAAAAAAGCUCAAGUAGCAGAAAGGUUUGACUUUUAA